AUGGCUCCCAACAACCCGAAAAAAAUCGACUAUGAAUUCGGCGGCCCGCUGGGUGCUGCCGCCAUCGUCUUUGGCCUGCCCGUCCUCGUGUAUGCCUUCUUCUUCGCUUGCAACGACGUGUCCGGUUGCCCUGCGCCCGGCCUCUUCAGCCCCCGCGACCUCACCUGGGACGCGCUCAAGGCACAGAUUCCUUGGCCCGAGGAUGGCCUGGCCGGCUUCGUCAGCCUCGAGGCCGCAGGCUGGACGUUGGCUUACUACCUCCUGAGUCUGGUGCUCUUCCGCGUGCUGCCAUCGCAAAAGGUUCUCGGCACGAAGUUGCGCGAGUCCGGCCGCCCGCUGGAUUAUAGCUUCAACGCCUUCUCCUCCACCCUGGUUCAGGUCGCUGCCUGCGCUGUUGGCACCUACAUCUAUGGUGCUGACUUUAUUGUCUGGCGAUGGAUUGAUGACAAUUAUCUGCAGCUGCUCACGGCAAGCAUUAUCUUGUCGUGGUCUAUUUCCAUCUACGUCUAUGUUGCCAGCUUCUCCGUCAAGACUGGCAACAGCCAGCUUCGCGAGCUUGCCAAAGGAGGCCACACCGGGAACCUCAUCUACGACUUUUACAUUGGCCGCGAGCUUAACCCCCGCGUCACGCUACCUCUUUUUGGCGAAAUUGACAUUAAGACUUGGCUUGAGAUGCGUCCCGGCCUGACCGGGUGGCUGCUCCUCGACCUCGCCUUCAUCGCCAAGCAGUACCGCAACUACGGUUACAUCUCUGACAGCAUGGUCUUCGUGACCGCCAUCCAGGGCUACUACGUGCUGGAGGGCCAGUACGCUGAGGCCGGCAUCCUCAGCAUGAUGGACAUCAUCACCGAUGGGCUGGGCUUCAUGCUCACCUUUGGCGACAUUGUCUGGGUGCCGUUUGUCUACUCGACCCAGUGCCGCUACCUCGCCGUAUACCCGACGCACCUAGGCUGGCUGGGAAUGGCCGUUCUCAGCAGCGUCUUCGCCAUCGGGCUCUACAUCUUUCGCGCGUCCAACACGCAAAAGGCCGUCUUCCGCAAGACACCCGACCACCCGAGCGUCGCCAACCUGUCCUACCUGCAAACCAAGCGCGGCACCCGCCUGUUAACGUCGGGCUGGUGGGGGGUCUCGCGCCACAUCAACUACUUUGGCGACUGGAUGCAGUCACUUCCCUUUAGCCUGGCGGCGGGACUGGCCGGCUACGUGAUCCUGCCCUCCGGCGCCAUGGCCGCCGCGGACGUCCUGGGCUAUAGGAUGGCUGAUGGUACAGAGGUCGUGCAGAGUGUUGCGAAGGGAUGGGGCGUCAUCUUUACUGCAUUCCACGCCCUGUACUUUGCGGUUCUCUUGAUUCACCGCGAGGGUAGAGACGACGCUGCUUGCGCGGAGAAGUACGGAGCAGAUUGGGAAAAGUACAAGUCGGUGGUGCGAUGGAAGAUUCUUCCUGGUGUUUACUAA